AUGGUUACACUCACCCUGCUGAAGCAAGAGUCACACUGGAGAAGCAAUAGAUACUCAACCUCAGUCUUAGAAGCUGGAUGCCUGAGCUGUUACAGCUUUACAGUGAAGGACUGUAGCUCCUGGCCAGUCGGGCACAAGCAGAGCCUCUCAGGAGACAGCUAUUUCAGGCUCCUGUCAGUACUUGCUGGACAAGAUGUUACACCAUCAGUAUAUUUUAUGAAACAGACCAUCAGCAAUGCCUGCGGAACGAUUGGAUUAAUGUGCACCAUUGCGAACAACAAAGUUAAGAUGCACUUUGAAUCAGGGUCAACAUUGAAAAAGUUCCUGGAGGAGUCUGUAUCAAUGAGCCCUGAAGAGAGAGCCAAAUACCUGGAGAUCUAUGACGCCAUUCAAGUUACACAUGAAACCAGUGCACAUGAACGUCAGACUGAGGCACCAAGUGUAGAUGAAAAAGUAGAUCUUCAUUGUAUUGUGUUAGUUCAUGUAGAUGGGCAUCUCUAUGAAUUAGAUGGACAGAAACUAUUUCCAAUUAACCAUGGAAAAACUAGUGAUGAGACGUUGUUAGAGGAUGCCAUAGAAGUUUGCAAGAAGUUCAUGGAACGUGACCCUAAUGAGUUAAGAUUUAAUGCAAUUGCUCUCUCAGGUACCAUAGAAUCCUGA